UUUCAAGUAAGACAAAGGACAUAAUUUUUCUUUCGUUUGCUAUACUUUUUUUUUUUUUUUUCUCAGCAAAUUUUCCCAUUACUUUUUUAGUGAAUUGAAAUCUCCAACUUCCACUUUGGAAUGAGAAAAGAUCUAAGAUAAAGAAAUCUAAUGAAAACGAAAUCUUAUUCAAAGAGAAAGAUAUAAAUUUAAAUUAAUAUUCUAAUACAGUGUUAAAAAUUGAUAGGCCCUGUAACAUUAAAAAAUUUCAUAGCUAUCAUCAGCAAUUUUCAUUAGCCUCUGAACAAAAGUGCGUCCAAGUUCUCUUCAUGUAAGAAAGUGGAUCCCACUUCCCUUAAAACCUCUCUUCUCUCUCUCUCUAUCUCUCUCUCUCUCUCCUCCCUUGUUUCAGUUCUCCAUCAUACAACGGCGCGGACAAACCUCCUUCCACCCCUCUCUCUCUCUCUCUCUCUCUACCCAAGACAGUCUCCCUUCUUUCUCUCUCUAAACUCCUCCCCUCGGAAACUUCUGUUUAAAAUUUGAGUAGACAGAGAGACGGAGGGAAAAGGUUAAAAAUUGGAAGUAUCCAAGAAAUUUCUUCUACAAAAGUGUAUAUACUCAAUACAUUACGACUUGUGAAAAUUAAAAAGGAAAAGAAAAGUUUGUGCCCUCCCACCGCCUGUACUGAAUCAGCGUUUUACAUGGCGCGAGGUGAUCGGUGUUGUGAGCUGAAAGUGAUUGAUGAUAUAUUUGGAUGGUGAUGGAUUGGUGCUGUGAAUUUUUUGAUGAUUCAAGGUUUGGAUAAGAGUGUGGUGGUGAAAUAUCUGAAGAUGCGUGUAAAUUUGUCUGCCUGCAAUUGGUUGAAGGAUAAGAUCUGAAAUGGGGUUACCCAAAAUCUAGGUUUUUGAUCACCAGUGGCUUGGAUUCUUCAGGAAAUGAAUGUAAGAGGCUUGUGUUUUGAUGUUGUAAUUCAAGUGGGGUUCUCCAUCUUCACAUUAAUCCUAUUGGGGGCAUAAAUAAGAUCCAAAAUUUAUCUGUAGAUGGAUUAAAAUAUCAGUCCAUUGGAUGCAAUGUUAAAGGCAUUAGCAUCUGGGUUGUUGAUUUCGUCACUUCUCUUCUCCAUUUCAGCUGCUGAUAAUGGAUUCCCCAGAUGUAAUUGUGACGAUGAGGGCUUUUGGAGCGUCGAAAGGAUUAUGGAGUGUCAAAGAGUGAGUGAUUUCUUAAUAGCAGUGGCCUAUUUCUCGAUCCCAAUUGAGCUCCUUUACUUUGUUAGCUGUUCAAACGUUCCAUUCAAAUGGGUACUAUUCGAGUUUAUUGCCUUUAUUGUUCUAUGUGGGUUGACCCAUUUACUAAAUGGUUGGACUUAUGGUCCGCACCCAUUUCAGCUAAUGUUAGCACUCACCAUAUUCAAAUUCCUCACUGCUCUAGUCUCUUGUGCCACUGCCAUAACCCUUAUCACUCUGAUACCUUUGCUUCUCAAAGUGAAAGUGAGAGAAUUUAUGUUGAAAAAGAAAACAUGGGACCUUGGUCGAGAGGUUGUAAACAUAAAGAAGCAGAGAGAGGCUGGGUGGCAUGUUCGGAUGCUCACCCAAGAGAUUCGCAAGUCCCUUGAUCGGCAUACGAUCCUGUACACAACUUUGGUUGAACUUUCUAAGACAUUGGAUUUACAAAACUGUGCUGUUUGGAUGCCUAAUGAGCAUAAGACUGAGUUGAACUUGACACAUGAGUUGAAAGGGAGGAAUCGGCUGGAAAGAUAUAAUUAUUCAAUUCCGAUUAAUGACCCAGAUGUUAGAAAGAUUAAGGAGAGCGAUGGAGUUAAGAUACUUGAUCCUGACUCGGCACUUGCUGCUCCAAGCAGUGGAGGGUCUGAUGAGCUUGGACCUGUGGCUGCAAUUAGGAUGCCAAUGUUGAGGGUAUCUAACUUCAAAGGUGGGACCCCUGAACUAAUUCAGACUUGUUAUUCAAUAUUGGCUUUGGUUCUUCCAGGUGGGCAAUCUAGAUCAUGGAGCAAUCAAGAACUUGAGAUAGUACAGGUGGUUGCUGAUCAGGUGGCUGUGGCUCUUUCCCAUGCUGCUUUGCUUGAAGAGUCCCAGCUCAUGAGGGAGAAAUUAGUGGAGCAAAAUCGAGCGCUGCAACAGGCAAAACAGGAUGCAAUGAUGGCAAGCCAGGCCAGGAACUCGUUUCAGAAGGUAAUGAGCAAUGGAUUGAGAAGACCAAUGCACUCAAUUUUAGGUUUGCUUUCAAUGAUGCAGGAUGAGAAUUUGAGUAGCCAUCAACGAAUGAUUGUUGAUGCUAUGGUUAAGACCAGCAGUGUUCUUUCAACCUUGAUAAAUGAUGUAAUGGACAUUUCAACCAAGGAUAAUGGAAGGUUCCCAUUAGAGAUGAGGUCUUUUCGGCUACAUUCCAUGAUAAAAGAAGCCGCUUGCCUUGCAAAGUGCUUAUGUGUUUAUAGGGGUUAUGGUUUUGCAAUUGAUGUGGAAAAGUCUUUGCCGGAUCAUGUUAUGGGCGAUGAGAAAAGGGUUUUUCAGGUGAUUCUGCAUAUGGUUGGGAAUCUUUUGGAUGGCAGCAAUGGAGGAGGCCGUCUAACAUUUAGGGUCUACUCAGAGAGUGGAAGUCAGGGAAGGAAUGAUCAAAGAUGGGCAACCUGGAGACCCAGUUUGGCUGAUGGGUAUGUUCAUGUCAAGUUCGAAAUUGGGAUAAAUAAUUGUGCUUCUCAAUUGGUAGGCUCGAGUGUAACAGCAAAGUUGGGUGGUUGGAGAUAUUGCAGCAAUGGAGUUGAGGAAGGCUUCAGCUUCAGUGUAUGCAAAAAGCUUGUACAGUUGAUGCAAGGGAACAUAUGGGUGGUCCCAAACCCAGAGGGUCUGAAUCAAAGCAUGACACUCGUUUUACAGUUCCAAGUUCGGCCAUCUAUUGUAAUAGGCAUCUCUGAAUCCGGAGAAUCUUCAGAACACCCAAAUUCAAACUCUCUAUUCAGGGGCCUUCAAGUUCUAUUAGCUGAUGAUGAUGAUGUGAACAGGGCAGUAACCCGGAGGUUGCUAGAAAAAUUGGGCUGCAGUGUUUCCACUGUUUCAUCUGGAUAUGAAUGCCUUAGUGCUCUUGGCCCAGCUGUGUCUUCUUUCCAAGUCGUCCUUUUGGAGCUUCACAUGCCUGAUUUGGAUGGGUUCGAGGUUGCCAUUAGAAUUCGGAAGUUUCGAAGUCGCAGCUGGCCAUUGAUUAUUACCUUGACAGCAAGCUCGGAUGAAGAUGUGUUGAAAAGAAGCUUCCAGGUUGGAAUCAAUGGAGUUAUUCGAAAACCGGUCCUUUUACAAGGAAUUGCCGAUGAGCUUAAGAGAGUUCUGCCGCAGGCAAACAAGUUUGUAUGAUGACACGGAGCUGUAAGCUGCCACAAUGCAUCAGCCCCCCUGUACUUUCAUGCAAUUUCUGGAGUCUUCUUGAUAGAAUAAACAAACAGCAUUGCUAUGGGGAAACUCGCGCUCUUUGCGAAGGUUUCAGUACGUGGAUGUUACACAAACAACAUUCAAAUUCAAAAUGGUAUACAAAAUUCGGCUUCUUUCUUUUUUAUUGUGUUCCAGCAUUGUUAUAAUUGCAUAGCUAAUCAAAUUUAAAAUAAUCAAUAUUAUUAUUAACACAUCCUUCCACUGGAAAACGAGAAGAUGAAAAACUAUAUGAAGUAGACCUGUUAGGAUAGACUGUAAAAUUACUGUAGUAGAGAUGAACAUUUCUAUGUUGAGGGAAGUUUGAAGAUUAAUUAGUUUAUACAUUAUGUAGACGUUGUUUAUUGAUGAAAAUUUUGUUUUAACAUGUAUAUGUGACAAUGCACCAAAACUACAAAUACUGUACAGCUGGGAUAUCCGGAUGCCCCAUUUCAUUGAGAAAUCGUUUGUCUAUUUUUA